CUGAGGACAGUCUCUUUAAGAUGUACAUGUAACUCUUAAGCAUAUUGCCUCUUGUCCAUGCUUUGAAGACAAUUAAUUAAUGGCCACUGGGCUAACCUGUUAAUUGAUUGGAAUCCCAUGAACUUGACUAGGAAUUGAAUAAUGUCUGUAGGGUGACAGGUGAUAGAAACUAAUGGUUCCUCCCAGAUGACAGUUCCCUUUGAGAGAGUAACGGUCGAGAGACAUCCCAUCUCAGCCUCUCGACGCGCUUCACUACCCACGGAAACCACGACGUAAUUUUCACGAUUAAAAACCUGUGGCAAUAAAACCGUAUCACCGUUAAACACUUUCCAAUCAUCAUCAGCACCGAGGAACAAAUGAAGAAUCUUUUAAUGCACCGAUCGGUUAAUGCAUGAACUCUAACAGUUCAUCAUUACGCUUGCUUCUUAUGAUACGGUUUUUCAGCACCUUGGUAGUGUUUUAUUUUUAAACUUCGUUAAUCGGGGAGUGAACUGAGAGAGGGAAGUGGGCGAAGAUCAAUCAAGCAUGUUCAGUUGACAGAAUGGGAUCAUAGACAUAACUCUACAUACAUGCAUGUAUAUAUAUCUCAUCUGAGAACCAGUUCAUUGUUAUUUAUUACCUAUGUCGUUUAUGUCCUGCGAAGACUGGGCUUCGGACACUAUUAUUGGACUAGUUGACAGAGAUGAUGUUCCCUUUGUUUCUUUCUAAAGCUACGCACAAAAGAAAAAGAACGGGAGUUGCAGAGAUUUUUUGCCGAAAAAGAACGUCAGCUUCAGGAAACACAGCUAGCUGUUGCCCGGAAACUCGGAGAGGCCGAGCAGAAGAUAUCCACUCUUCAUGCGGCCCUUGAAGCUGUGCAGUCGGAACUCUUUGAGGUGAAGUCAAAAUAUGAUGAAGCAACGUCAGCAAAGUCAGAUGAAAUGGACAUGGUGAUAUCAGAUGUUGAACGUGCUAAUGAGAGAGCUGCAGCAGCAGAGCGCCAGGUGGAACAACUGAGGCAGCAGUUGGCGUCUGCCAGUCAGACAGUGCAGCAGGCCGCGCAGCAGAUGCAGAAGACACCAGAUGUGGAACAGGCCAUGGACAUCCUGAAGAGAUCCAGCAUGGAGGUGGAGAUCACCGCCAAGGAGAAAGAGAUCUCGCAGCUUGUCGAAGAUGUACAGAGACUUCAGGCUUCUCUCUCAAAACUGCGCGAAUCCACCACCAUUCAGAUUUCCAAGCUUGAAGAAGAGAUCUCUUCCAAGAACACCGCAUUCAGAUUGCUGGAGGAGAAACUGAGAACUCAAGAAGACUAUGAGGAAAUUAAGAGAGAGCUAAACAUCAUGAAGUCGGUUGAGUUUUCUGGCGUCAGCAGUGAUGAAGACCAGAAGUCCAAGUCGCUGGAGAAAUUGCUGUUAGAGAAGAACAAGUCUCUGCAGACAGAGAACACGCAGCUCAAGGUCACCAACAGUGACAUUACAGGGACUGAGACACCCAAAACGCCGUCUUCGCCGUCAACCUCGCAGCAAUCUGCCGACGUUUUUGCAACGAUUCUCGGAGAGGAAAUUGCGCAGUCUUAUCAUAAUUCAAACCCUCCAUCGAGGAAUCCUUCGGAAUCUAUAGAAUCUUCGCCGUCAGCCAGCGGCCUGCCUCCCGACACGCCUCCUGUCAGUCACCCUGGUAGAUCAGACACCCCCCACUUCCUGCCCCCUCCACCAGUGUUUGGUUUCCCAAACUGUCACAUACCGCAAGGUUUUAUGCCAGUGAACAUGACUUCUAAGGGAGACAAUUCCGGUGGUUUGGAUACAUCCAUGGUGGCCAAAACUGUGCGAGAACUACUCAGCAUUCACAAUAUAGGCCAAAGACUUUUUGCAAAGCAUGUGCUCGGACUUUCACAAGGCACAGUCAGUGAACUUUUAUCAAAACCAAAGACUUGGGAUAAGCUGACGGAAAAGGGCAGAGAAUCGUAUCGGAAGAUGUUUGCCUGGGCGAACGAAGACCGCAACAUUUUGGCACUGAAAGCUAUCUCGCCAAAGAAAGGUAAGAACUGCACCCAGCCACUGGUUUCGACUGUCAAGUCAGAGGACUCGGCUACCGAGGAGCGGAUAGCACAGAUUCUCAAUGAUGCCCAGCAGGCAAUGCAAGUGAAGAAGAACAUGGAGCAGCAACAAGUUGCCAAUGCUGUGGUGUCCAGCAUUUACCAGCAGGAAGUGUCGAAAAUGGUUGGCUCAAGCCCUCUGCCUCAGAACAUGGUGCCGGCGGCUCUCACUGCUGGAGUGCCCAUCAGAGAGGGGCCUCGUAGGCGAACCACGGACGACAGCAGACACUCGCGCAGCUCUGUCAGUUCGCAGGAAAGCGAGGCCUCGGCUCAGGACAUGGUCGCGAGGAUUUACCGCCAGGAGCUGGAGAAGCUAGCGAAGGCGGCCGAGAGUGCUGGGAACAUCGCGGCCAGCACCAUGUACCAGCAGGAGCUGGCCCGCGUCACGUACCACAGCCAUUUCAAGCAGAGUCUGAACAACCUGAACCAUGAAUUCCACUUCCCUGGCCCCCACAGGCUACACAAUGGAGUCUCGGUGAAGUCGGAGCCGCCCGACAGCACCUCCGACGACACCCGAUCUCCCAGCAGCAGCAGCAUCAACAACAACAACAAUAACGGACCAAUAGAUCUAAGUAAACCGCACAGCUCGUCAUCUGCGCCAACGUCGCCGAAAUCGGCGGACGCCGUCGGCAAAGACGCCUGCCGACAAGCGGGUAGUGCCUUCUUCCUCGUUCACCCACGCAUCAACGGACACGACGGUUUCGAAAACGGGCAGUUUCCGCCGCAGUUCGCCGCCACCCUUGACGGGCUUUCCCCCCUGCAGAGAAUGCAGAACAUUGCCAACUCCCUCAGCUCCAGGCCGCACCUGAAUGUGGCUGCAUCAAAGCCACUGCGUGCCGUCCUGCCCCCAAUCACCCAGGAACAGUUUGAUGAGUAUUCCAACGUGAACACGGACGACCUCGUCAAGAAGGUGAAGGAAACGCUGAGCCAGUAUUCCAUCAGCCAGAGACUGUUCGGCGAGAACGUGCUGGGCCUGUCGCAGGGCAGCGUCAGUGACCUGCUGGCCAGGCCCAAGCCCUGGCACAUGUUGACGCAGAAGGGCCGCGAGCCCUUCAUUCGGAUGCAGCUGUUUCUCGAAGAUGCCGAAGCCAUCCCGAAACUGGUGGCGUCGCAGUACAAGAUCCCACCGGAUAUGUUGCUAAGAGGCAUUUCACAUCCAGUGCAAGAAGCUAAUGUUCCUGUGUCACUGUCAGAGCCUCCCUGUGACAAGAGCAAUCUUUGUAACCAUGGUAACCAUUUACCGCCAGCAAACAGUGUGCCCCCAUUGGCCAAUGCAGUCGUUUCUCCCAGUGACCUGUUCACACAGCACGACUCGCACCGCAACUGGCCAGGCGGCUUCGCCUUCCCCACGUCGACCCUCGAAAUGUUUGCCAUGACCUCCGAAAUUAACACCCUCGGCUUGACGUCGAGAGUGAAGGACGUCUUGCAGUUUCACAAUCUGGGUCAGAAGCUGUUUGGCGAGGCUGUGUUGGGCUUGUCGCAGGGCUCGGUCAGCGAGCUCCUGUCCAAGCCCAAGCCCUGGCACAUGCUCAGUAUCAAGGGCAGAGAGCCCUUUAUCAAAAUGCACCUAUGGUUACAAGAUCCGCAGAGUAUAGAGCGGCUAAAACAUUACCAAAGUCAGAUGAAAGCUCACCGGCGCCGCAAAAACAGCAUGGAGGACCGUUACUUCGACUCGCCGGGGGGUCACGCAAAACGUCCGCGUGUGUUCUUCACAGAGGAGCAGAAGGACGCUUUGCGCGUGGCGUACUCGGAGGACCCGUACCCGAGCCAGAGCACCAUCGAGGCGCUGGCCGGCGACCUGAGUGUUGGGGUAAAGACGGUCAUCAACUGGUUCCACAACCACCGGAUGCGGGCCAAGCAGCAACACCACACGGGCGCGAACCCCGACGAGCUGUCCAGCGUCAAGUCUGAGCCCAUGGACGACAGUUCAAACCAGAGCGAUGGCUCGAGUGGGUCCGGGGAGCCUGUGGAGCACUUCCGCGGCAGCUUCCAGAACAACGAAACAAGACAGUGGAUGUUCCCGCAGUUCGAGCCCGUGCAGCGGUCAAAGCACGACGGGUCAGAGGGGGAGAACUCCCAGCACUCUGACAGCGAGGAGAAUCCCGGCGGCGGUGGUUUGGGUGGCAAAAAGGAGCAGGAACUCCUCUGUGAUGCUGGGAUCUCCGACAAUGAGGACGAAGUCGAUUCGGGCUCCAUGCCAAAAUCGUUGGAAUCCGAAAAGACUGAUAGCAGCAAUUCGGAAAAUAAUGUGCCUUGUUCCAUGCCAGCGCCUCCGCCCUCUGGAGUGAACAAACGGAAACGCUCCAAUCCGCAGAGGGUCUACGAGGGGGCACAGCUCGACAAGACUAAAGCCUUGCAAAAUCUCGAGCAAAACGAUGUGCCUGAUAAUAAUGAUGACGGUUUGUUAAUGGACUCCAAAGCGCCGGAGGUGAAUGGCGAGGUUUCAUCCGAUCUCGGUUCUAGAGAGCGCCCCGUCACCGGCGAUGAUCGGUUUAAUAAGAUUGUAAAGUUGGAGAAGGCCAUUGAGUUGGCGGAGGAGGAAUGGGAGGAGUUUGAUCGGGAUGCAAGCAUCGAAAAGUUGGAGAAGAACAUCGAAACCAAUACAGACGAGGAUUGGGAGUUUUAAAUUUUGUUUCAAAUGCAUCACCACAUGUAGCUUUAAAUUCAGAAUUGUGUGUGGUUAUUAAAUAUACAACAUUGAAAGAUUUUUAUAUUUUUUUGCUUUCCAGAUACAAAUAAUAUGUAUGAUGCCAAAAUAGUGUUUAGUGCUAUAUAUAGUAUCUUAAUUUCAAUUCUAUUCGGAUCUUUCAUAUAAUUUUAACUAGUUAUUUUUGUAUUUUUAAAAGGAUAAAGGGUUAAACUUGGGGGAAACUUGUUCAGACUUCCUGGAUGCUCAAGAUCUUCUUUUAUAUACAUUUAGUUUUCUUUAAGAAAAGUUUUAAUAUCAAAAAAAAAAAAAAAAUUAUACAUCUUAGGUUUGAAAUUAAAAGUAAAAGGAAUUCUCUCCUGUUUUAAUUUUUAUUGUACAAUGUACCAGUAUCGUAUUGGCCAACCUAAUAGAAAUGUGACAAUAAAGACUUCACUGUCAUGGUUUAUCCACAAUUGUGUAGGAAUAAGAAAGUGGAUACCAGAGAUGAUAAAACAAAAGUGAUUUUAGUGUUACCCUAAAACUGCUCCUCUCCAUGUUCUUUGGUAAAAAAAACCACGAUAAACAUCCUUACUUUAAAAAACCCUGUAAUCUUUUUAGGAUUUUUUUUCUAUCAUUUUCACAUCUGGGGUUCAAAAUAAAAAAAUAAUAUUUAAUUAUAGUAAAGGUAGGUUAUUAUGUUUUUACUGGUAAAUGUACAUUUAUAUCAUUUAAAUAAAUUAGCUGUUUAAAUUGUCAUGGGGUAGGGGGAUGAGGAUACCCUGGAUUUGGUGUUUUAUGCAUUUUUAGUGUGUUUCAAUAACAUGAAACAAAGUUUUAAAUGUGUCAUGAGUUGUAAAUUCAGUGUUGUGCUAUUUUAUUGAUUUCACACAAUUCUGAAUCUCACCUUAUCUCAACUUACAUGAUAGGUCUGUUAAAACACUCAGUGAUGAGGGUAAAUAUUUCUAUUUUUAUAUGUAUUUCAAAUCUUAAAAAUCAAUAUUUUUAUCUGUUUUUUCUAUCUGAAUGUUUCAUGUUUUAGCAUUCAAAUGCUACAGGAGUGUUUACAUAUUUUAUGUGAACUUUAAAAUGUCAAAUAUAUGAAGCUUUGUGAAGGUCUGUAAAAAGUAAUGGUGUAAAAGGAAAGUUAAAGACCAUUUGUUCAACAUUUUUUAUAUACACCAUGAAUUAAAAACAACAACCAUUUAUUGAAUUGUAAAUGUUAAAUUUGGAUAUAGUGAAAAUAUAAAAGGAUUGUCAAAAUGUGUUUCUAAUACAGGAUUAGUUUUUGUUAUAUUUGAUGAAUUUGGAGAAAAGAAACUUGGCCUCUAGGGACCAGUGGCUGCUCAAAAGGGUUAGACAAUUAAGAAUUGUUUAGAUUUGUGUUUGAAAAAUUCACAAAUUAUAGACAAACAUUAGCAGUAAACCUUUUGUUUUUAACUGAAACUUGUUUUAUCCAUCCAAAGCCAAAUCUUUGACAUGUUAUUGUUCACAUAUGUGUACUUACUGCAUGCGUUAUUGUGGCACACAGUGCAUUUAGUUUGUGACCUGUGCAACUUGUGCACACAAUUUGCAUGUGCAUCUCUUGCACGCACAAGCAUGUGCAUUAAUGGCUAUAUUGUUACUUCUUGGUGUUGUCUUGAGGAAUUUGCUCAGUAACUUCACUUCACCAUCUAUGCACAGUUUCUACUUCCGUACGUACAUGUGUGUAUAACUAUAUAUAUAUAUACAUAUAUAUAUAUAUUAUAUAUAUAUAUAGAUAUUUUUUUCUGUUCUCAUCGAUGCACAUUUGGGCGUGGGGACCAUUAUUCAAGGGUCAUCACAUCUUCCACAUAUUAAGUUUUGUAUGCACCAAAGAUCUAGUCGUAUAUUCUAGAGACUAACCUUUACUGCCACUUCUACAAUAGUUGUUUUGUUGCUUUGUUUUGUUAUUCAGACGGUUAUUGUUUUUUUUGCAUAAAAUUUCAUUGUUAGACUCUUAAGGCUCUUCAAAGAAUGUUGUUUAUUGGAUUUUUUAAUAAACUGUUUUUGCUAAUUUAGUAAUGAAGUGUAUUUGCCAAAUUCGAAAUAAAUUCACAUUUGGUGAUUUGGAAGAAAAAAAACAACACAGCUUACAUCCUGGGUUGUUUGUGGAAAGUUAAUUAAGAGCUAGUACCCCUUUUUAACUUUACCAUAACUCCAGUGCUCAAAUGUUUUUCAUUUAUUAAGUGUCAAGUCAAAGCAGAUUGGUUAAGUCUAACACUGCAGACCACAAUUAACUUUGUUUAGCCAAACAACUUACUGUGUUUAGUACAUGUAUAGUAAUAAAAUGCUUUAACUUACAAAACUGCCAUGAUCAAUAGAUUAUAAUAAUUUUGGCCCCAUGCUUUUCUACAAAGCUCACACAGAUUUUAAUUGUGUCAUGUUGCAUUUGAAAUUGAAUCGGUUUUGAGAGCAAUUUGUUUUCAUUGUUAUGUGCAAUAUAUUUACAAAUACGUAGAUUCAGAUGGUCUUGAUCUCGACUUUGGAUUUCAAAGCUUUUUGAUUGGUUUGUCCUUUCCAGUAAAUUUCUUCUGUUCCUUGUCAAAAUAUAUUACAUGCAUUCAUACACAUUAAAAUGAAUUUUUAAUGGUAUUUCUUUCAUGCUAACAGCUUGCAAUAUGACUGUGGUUUUUGGUUUUUUUCCCCCGUAACCUAAACUUGUUAAAAUUUAAUUGUAUAAUUAUGUGUAAGCCGUGCAAUAACUCAGAAGCUAUACACAGUACCUUUCUAACAUAGCACCGCAGGAUAGUAUAUGUUAGAGAAAGUUUAUAGUAGUUAUCAAAGGCUCGUUUACUUACUUAGCUUGCUUUUUUAUUGUAGUACAGGAUAAUUUGGGAAAUGUGCAAAGUGAAAAGAGGUUUGGAUUACAUCUUACACAGUCAAUGUUAAAUUAAUUAUUUUACCCAUCAAUUUACGGGUGUACAGUGUACUAAAAGCAGCAUGUGCCAAGACUUCUUGAUGCAAACUGUUUCCCGUGCCAAUUUCCCUGUAUCAUAGGUACAUUUUCUUUGAUAUGAAUAAAACCAGAAUCCAAGAAAUCUUAGAUUGUCCUGGACGGAGGAGCGGCCGAGGCCGGCUCUUGUGUCCAGGGCAGGCGUGCGCUACAACAUCUUGCUCUGAAUGUGCACGUAAAGCCCUAUGACCUGACCUGAUCUGACCUGACCUCAGUCUCAGAUCUCAAAGCUUACCGUGGCUGAUUUCAUAUGCAUGUGCCAUAUAUUAUGGUGUAUUAACUUUGAAAAUUAAUAAUUCUGUCAUCUGUGGCCAAGUUUGUAACCCAUAGACCAGACUUCACCAUGAGGACAAAAAAUUAUGGGAGUGAUUAAUUUGCUCCCUAGCUUAGAUCAUGGAUAGCCAUUUAAGAUAUUACCAUAUUGAUACCACUUAAAUUCAUGUGUUAAUGGAAACUAAAAAUUACUCUCAUUGUCCAAGUGGUGGGGAGCAAGAGUGAUAGAUCCUCUAAAACAGCGACGUCUGCAAAGAAACAGUUGUAUAAACUAACAUGAAAAAAAUAAUGAUGGUAUCAGCCACUUUUCAUAGUUCAGUUCUGAUCACAUGUUCUUAUUAAAAAUCAAUUUCAGAAGUGAGCAUUUUCUUUCAUUGUGCACACGAUCCCAGAUGUGAAACAUCCCAAGGACCAUUAUUGCAAUUUUACCGCCAGAAAAUGAUCACUGUUGCUAUGAUUUCCUUGAUCCAGUUAUCACCCCAUAUAUUUUAACUUCAAAAAUACAUUGUACUUUUAGUGACAAAUUAUCCAGAAAAGGGUCAAUUAUAACUGUGCCCUUUUGCCUAGCUAAUAUUGUUUAAUUCUAAUAUAUUAGGUUUAUAUCAAAACUAACGAAAUGACUUACUGAAUCUUGCAGUUUGCAAAAUCCAUUGAUUGUGUAAGAUGUUUACCUGUGUUCAAGUAUGUGAAAGUGCAAUAGGCUGAAUGAGAAAGGUAACAUUCAGCAAAUCUCAGACGUUUUCUCUGGCUAUGAUUUAAAUUGCCUCUGACAAUAGGUCACUCUUGGUGUGAUGUUUUCCAAGCCAGGCACAUGUGCAGGAACUUAUGCAGGAGGGUGGGUGUCUAGAUGUGGUGCCACAGAAAUAAAAAUUUUAAAAAUACUUGAACAGGUGGGAUUUUGAACACCCAAAACUCCCCAUACACACACACACACACACAUACACACGCACACACACACACACACAAACACACAAACACACACACGUGCCCACUGCAAGCAGAAUCUCUUUUUAACCAUAAGGUGCCUAGUGAAUGACAAAACCAUUUUAAACUUACAUAACCUAAACUGUCUAAGCCACUGUAAUUAAACCAGUUUAACUCUCAUAACAAAACCAGUCUUAACUUACACAACAAAACCAGUUUAAGUUACAUAACAAAACCAGUUUAACUUACAUACUGGUAACAAUAUAAGCCAUUCUAGAGAGGCAGGGAUGGGAGGGUUGGGAACAUUUUGGUUUGACAUUUUUGGUUGAAUAUAGUUACUAAAAUAUUUGAUGUUUGUACAUUGAUCUCUGAAACUUGACUAACAAAUCACGACUUGUGACAUAUUGCCAAAGCUAUAACCAAAACUAUUCUAGGCUAUGUUGGUUUGGUAACAUUAUCUAAAAGAAGAAAAGUUUAAACUGUAUUGAAUUACAGAUCAGGAAAUAUGUGUGUCUUUAAUCGAUGCAUCCUUGUCUGCCUUUGCUAUAAAGAUUGCCAGUUGAAAUAUGAAGUUUGAGAUUUACUGAUGUUCCGUCAACUACUUGCAAUGAAUAAUUUAUAUAUUCCUAGGUACAAUAAAACAUAUUUACAUAUUAAGCUGUAGAUCUACAGUUUUUAUACAGUUGUGGCGUUAUCGUUUAGCCAAAUUUGUUUUAAUAUGUUAUACCAUGUAACUGUUAGUGACUGUAUGAUUUUGGCAUUUUAUUGUAUUAUUAAUCCUACACUUAUAACCAUCAAUAAGCUUUACGUGAAACAGUUUUAGUUGUUAGAGGCAUGUUGUUAUGUAUGAUCUUAUUGUUGUGUUAUUCCUGACUAUAGUUUUCAUUCAUUUGCAAUACAUUUAGUCCUCUGUUUCGUUGUGGAAUCUCUUAUAUGCUUAGAUUAACUUACAAUUAUUAAUAUUUAAUGAUGCAUCAGCAAAGAAAAAUAAUAAUGUCUUGUAGACAAACUUGUCAUCUGCUUAGUGAAUUUUUAAUGUCCCCAGAGAAAAGAAAUAAGUGUUAGAAAUGCAGUUGUCACCCUCAUAGAGAACUUUAAGUUGUUAUGCCCUAUAUCGUACAUGAUAACAUAGGAAGAGUUUCAUUGCAAAACGCGAUAAACGCCAUAUUAAAAACCAUUGUGUGAACACCACUUAGACACUGUCCACACGUAGACAAACACAAGUUCAAAAUCAGUUUUCAGCAAAACGUGAUACGAUUGUCUGAGGAUAGAUAUAUCGCAGAUUGCAGAGAAACUGGCAUAGUGUUUAUGGUGGUUUGGAAUAAAACGAUUUUAGGAUUGGGUGUGUAUAGUGGCGUUUAUCGCGUUUUGCGAUGAAACUUCAUAUACUUUUCUCAGUGUAUUUAAGUUUUAUUGUUAUCUUAUUAAUUGCUCAUUGAUAACCAUACAUUUAAAAUGAUGAAAAGAGAGAGAGAGAGAGAGAAAGAAAGAGUUGGAAUAUGUGUAUAAGUAUCUAAAUAUUAUACAUUUUAAACACAUUGUUUAAACCCAUUACCAUUGCAUCUAUCACUGCAUUCUUUUCUCUCUUGAAAGUGUGUUAAAGAUUGUAUUUUUUAUUGAGGGAUUUUGAAUAUAUCAUCUACUUCACAUUCAGUGGGUGAUUAUGACAAAAAUUAUAUACUAAAUGCAUCCCAACUUAAAAUUCUGUUGUUCUGCUUUAACUUAACUUAAAUAAAUGUUGAGACUUUGUUGAUUAACAGGGAAAACAUUUCAUACUACAGUAGUUAUAUAAAGGAAAUUUAAGCAUAAAAGAGAUUUGCUUUGUUUAGAACCAUAUGUGUAUGUGUUACAUUUUACUAGUUUUUUUAAAUGCAUGUUUUGGUUUGGAGUGCAUACUCGACUCAUUAUAGCAUAAAUCUUAACAUUGCCAAAAUAUUUUGUACCCGAAUGUCGUCUGUGUGUGAACACACAAUCGAUGGAGAGUUUCAUGCAUUACAUAUGUACAUUUAUCAUUUGUCGAGUUGUUUAUAUAUUCCCGUUUGAAUGCCAAAAGUUGACACCACGUCAUCUGUUGUAUAGGAGGAAAAAAACAUUAGAUCAUAACAUUGUAUGCUUGACUGAUGUAUAACGGAACAAUCAUUUCUUGUUGUUUUCUUAUUUUGUAAUAUUUGCAUUUCUUUACAUUUAUCAUGGAAACUUUGAGUGUUGCGUAAACACGUCAUCGUUUUCUUCAUUUGUUGUAUUGCCUGCAUCUUUUUUCCUACUUGUUCGUGGGAAUCCUUUAAUCUUACAAAUGUGCUCAAUUAUUAAAAUAAUAACUUACAGGUUUAACAAUUAAGUCACAGAAACAAGUGCCCCAUUGUUGUUUUUAUGUUUGUGUAAAUUUUUACAAACCAGAGCUCCAACACUUCACAUAUUUUUUAUCCAUUUGUCAGAAAAAGAAAGAAAAAUCAUGAUGUAGAUUCAUUUUAGAUGGACGCAAACAUCACUGGACCCCUGUAUGCCCGUCAAUUUAAUCGGAGAGGUGUGAAAUAAAUGCCAGUUGUCACACAUCUCGAUUGAAAAAAGCCCUGCUUCCUCUUUGCCAUUGAGGAGUGCAAUUGAAUUUUCCAUUCCUGAACAUUUUGAGGAAUGUUAUUUUUCACACUGCUGGGAUUUCCAGAAAUUAAUGUCGGGGUUUAGAUUCUACAUCUAUGGCCUUUUUACUCACGACUUGUGCAUGAUUCUGCCCAUUUUGUACAUGGUCCUGCCCAUUAUAUUGAUGUGCGUUAGUCCAAAGCAGUUCUAAAGUUUGAAAGCACAAAGCUUUCUUCAAAAUGCUUGCUUGUUUCCCCAAGUUCUGAACAAAUCCUGGACUGUCCUAAUAAAUUUCACUUCCUGGAUCAUAAAUGUGAACAAUUUGCUAGCUACAUUAAGUCUUACAUUCUUGCAACCUUUGGGUGCUUCAAUUGUAAACUGAAAUGAUGCCAGAGUAAAGACCGUGUUGUGGCUGUUGGUCCAAAUGAAAGUUCCUCAAGUCAUCAACUAGUUUAGCAAAUUCAGUGUUAGUGCUAGUACUUUUAAGAUUUUUUAAAACGAAAGCUAGUAUAUAUGUUUAUGGCAUAUAUAUAUAUAUAAAUUGGCAUUAAAUUAUUUUGCAGACCUGUAUCAAAAAUGAAUUACUUGAGACUUUACACAAUUUUAAUUAUCAUUAUACUUUAUUUUUGCUGAUGAUAAUAUAAGCCAGAACUUGCAGCAUGAUUCGCCAUAUAUGGUUUUAAACCAUGGUAUCCAUUUACAUUGUUUAUCACAGAAUCAUAUCCAAAGAUGACUUGUAACAAUUACUAUGUUUAUUUGUAUUCUGACAUUUUCCCCCUCAUGUUGUUAAUAUUAUAAUUUGUAUAAUUACUUAACCUUGCCAGUUAGCAUGUGUGGCAAAUAACUUACAUGAAUAUUGUAGAUGUAUUACCAAAGAUUACUCAAUCAUUGCAACCUUUCACCCCUAUUAGUAUCUUAUGACUGGUCCAAUUUAUUGGAUUUGGACAGUAUAUGGUCAAAUUUUAGGGAUGAUAGAGGUUAUUUAUCUCGUUGGGCCUGGGGCUUGUAACAGUUUUAUUCUGCUCAUAAUUAUAUAUGUACGCCAAAUAUAUAAUAUUACAUUGUGUACAAAAAUCAUUUUGUUUAUCCUGAAUCAUAUUUGUUUUCUAUUUUAUAUAAUACCAGUAAUAACAUGUUCUUGUUCAUUUUUAAUUAAAAAUUUUUGGUCUUAUUUGUAAAUGAUUAAUAAACAAGAUAGCUUAAA